AGCCUCGCUCCCUCCCUUCCUUCUUCCUCCUUCCUCGAUCGCAUCGAAUCGACCGCCUCCGGCCGAUCGAUGAGCCGGAUACACCCCAACGGCACCGCGGAGCCCUCCUCCUCCAGGCGGCGGCGGGCGGCCUCGGCCUCGGGAUCGGCGGCGGCGGCGCGAUGCUGUGCCGGCACUAGUAGUAGUACUACUGUUGCGGCGGCGGCGGCGGCCUACACGGUGUGGAUGAGGUCCAGCAUGGGGUUCCAGGGCACGGACGGGGUGUCCGCCUACGACGCCGCGGGGGAGCUGGCCUUCCGCGUCGACAACUACUCGCGCCGCCCCAAGCUCCUCGCCGGCGAGCUGCUCCUCAUGGAUGGCCGCGGCCUCCCGCUCCUCUCCCUCCGCCCGCAGAUCAUCAGCAUGCACGACCAAUGGAACUGCUACAGAUCGGCAUCACCAGAAGACGAAUGCCAAGGCAAGAGUGCAAGAUCAUCGCAGCGACUCUUCUCGGUCAGAAAAUGCUCGGCACUCCUUCAGAGCAGCCGUGAAGCAGAGGUGUUCUUCUGCACCACCACCGCCGCCGACAGAUCAGCUUCAGAUCAUGGCGGCCCCAGCUUCUGGGUCGAGGGCUGCUUCCUGAGGAGAAGCUGCAAGAUCCGCAGGGGCAGCGACGGUGAGGAGGUGGCCAGGAUUGCUAGGAAGAAGGCUGGGGCGGGCGAUGACAACAAGGCCGGCGCGUCGACGCUCCUCGGCGAGGACGUGUUCAGCCUCGUGGUGCAGCCAGGGGUCGAUUCCGUGACGAUCAUGGCCAUUGUUGUCGUCCUGGACCGGAUCUGCCGGAGGCCCUACACGCCGUUGAUGUGCUCUUCAUAGCCUGUGGUCAACAAAGGAUGAGCCUCUGUUUGUUUGUUUUUCAUACAUUGGGAAGAAACAUAGAAGACGUUCCUUUUAUUUCAGUUGUUCAAGUGGCAGUCGCCUGAAGCAAGUAAAGAACCGGUGGAGAUAAACUCUUUGUUGUUCGGUUAAUUGCAGCUGUCAGGUGGCUGAAAGUGAAACAAACUUCUUUUUUGCAUUGCAGUGCAUAAUGAAAUCCCAUAGAUGGUGUCAGCAUUGUCCUUGGAAUUUCAGACUUGGAAUUUCUCUUCCUUUGCCUUCCCAUUAGUCUCCUAGCUAUUGUCCUUUGAUGUCAGUAUCAUGUUGAAUUUAAUUAUA